AUGGCAGGAACCAUUUUCCACCAUUCUUCUUUUCACUUUCUCUAUAGCUUUCUCUCCAAGAAACCUGCAGUCUCUAUAAUGCUUCAGACGUUUCCUCGCUUCUGUGGAAGUAAUUUGGAUCUCAACUUCCAAAAUGAUCAUAGCAUUUUAAGAGAUUCCAUAUAUAAAUUUCUGAAUACUCUACUAGUUUUAGCUCAUCAGGCUGUGGCAAACCAAGAAGUUUUUACUUUGGGAUAUGCCCGGGCCGACGUUCUGGAAUGGGCUGGUAGGCUAGCGGAGUACGCCUUGUGGUCGAGAAUGACAUACUUAACAGAUGUUUGGGGGCUUGACACAACCCAUGCUGCUGUAAUUGUAAAUGUGUGUAAGGGUGUAGAGACCUUAAUGCCUAUAGGCAUGGCCUUCAUUGCAGAUGCUUUCAUGGGUAACUAUUGCAUGCUUUUGUUCUCCAGUCAUGCUUAUAGCUUGGGGAUGAUCUUCUUGGCCAUGUCAACACCACCAGUACUUUCUAAAUUUGCAGGCAACUGUGGGGAAUACGAGUCAAAUUGCAUUGGUGGUGUGCAAAUCAUUCUGUUCUAUCUAUCAUUGCUCUUCAUAGCAAGAGGAGUAUCUGGUCAUGCGGUAUCCUUGACUUGUUUCCUAGAGCAACAAAAGCCAAUCAAAACAAGAACUGGUCGAGUUCAUCUAGCAAGGAAAAGACAGAAGAAAUAUAAAUGGCUUUACACGGGACUGAUCAUAUCCUUCAUCUUUACGAGUUUACUCAGCUUUAUGCUUUCAUCUAUGGCGCCAUGGUCUAUCCAAUUUGGAAUACCAGCAACCGGGAUGGUAGUGGCAACUCUUUUGUUCAUGAGUGGCUCGGACUCAUACAUACAUGCCGAACCACAGGGAAGUUCUCUCACCACUGUUUCUAGAGUCUUUGUAGCUUCUGCUUCUAAGCUGUUUUGCCCCCUACCACGGGAUGCUAAUCAACUCCAUGAAAAUCGACAUAGUUCUGAAUGUGUGCCUCACACCCAGGGCCUCAGGUGUCUUGACAAGGCUGCCAUUGUAGUCUCAACCAAAAUUGAAAAUUUAGAGCAGCAAGAACAAAAUAGAUGGAAACUUUGCAGUAAAAUUGCAGAACUAAUGUUUGCCACAGUCACUAAGAAAUUAAUUGAAAAGGGAUCAAGAAAAUGUGCAGCUCCAGUUGGAAACAUAGUUGCAAUGAUAUUUUCUAUAUUAUGUUGUAUGACGGCUGCAAUAGUGGAGACAAGAAGGCUAGAUGUGAUCAAAAGUCAUGGGCUAACUGACAAACCUAAUGAGAAAAUUCCAAUGAGCAUGUUCUGGCUUCUUCCACAGUUUCUCCUUCUUGGUGCCCUUGAUGGAAUCUCUCAUAACAUUCUUGUUGACCGUGAUAAAAUCUCUGGUUUUAGCAUUGCUUGUUUCUUUAACGGUGAAGUUCCUGACUCAAUAAGCUCCUACUUGCAAAUUUUCAGCGAUAGUGUAUUUGGAAUUGGAAUUUGGGGUGGUGUCGUUUUAGUUUGUAUAGUGGAUAAGGUUAAACCAAGUUGGUUUCAGAAGACAUCGGACAAAAGUCGUUUGGAUAACUACUAUUGGACACUGACAGUUUUGAGUUUCAUAACUUUUGUCUUCUCCAUCUUGGUGGCAAUUUGGUACAACUAUCAACACUCGGCAAUUGAAGAGAUUAGAACACCAGAGUCUCAAUCAUCUGCACAAACUUAA